AUGACGCGUAGAGCUAAACGCAAACGCGACAGCCAGAAACCUGAUGCGGACCAAGAUGUCCCGCAGAAUAACUCUUCGCUGGUUACUCGGAAGCUCCUCGAGCGCUGUUUCCCACAUGUCCAGACGCUAAGGGAGCAUCUCCUAUCCAAGUUACCAAGUGCCUCAAGAUUGCGGAGGAAGAAAAUCACAGCCCUCACAGCCCGUGAUGCAUCAAGCGAACUAGAAGGUCGUGUAGCGGCUCUGCUUGACACAGCCCUUGUAUGCAGUCGAUUGCCACAAGCACAGAAAUCUGAGACUAGUGAUAUUCGCUGGGAGCAAUGGAAGAGCUUCUCCCAGAAAGGGGAUGAGUCCUAUGUAUCCAUCUCUGAUACUCGUAGUGCGAAGCAGAGCCAAACUGAGGUUCGCUCCUUCUUCCUCUCCUGAGAUAUAGUGAGGUGCUAGGCCCUGACACACCCAAUCCCACCUUAGAUUCUCGAAUUUGUCGUCUGGCUGCUUUUUAAUAGAGAGAAGACCACAAACACGCAGCCAUGCCAUGUCCUAUGUAACGGGUUUGACGUAAAACCAGGAAAUGGGGAUAAGGGAACAACCUCGAUUCCUGGCGUUUACUGCCGAUUCCCAAGUUCAAGCUUCGACGCUCUCAAAGAGGCACCUUGGCCUCAAGUUCUUGCCCUUCUCGGCCAGUCCGGCGAACGACUCAUGAUAGAUCUUCUUCUCGAUUACUCCCUUUUUGUCGCUGUUGAUGCUGGUCAUGGGAACUUUUACCAGUUGAGUGGUAGGCAUCAUUGGUUGAAGGACUUGUGAAUUGGCAAGACUUUCUGACUGACAGAGAGCAGGCGUUCCACUCUUCAUGUCCUCUCUCCCUGUCGACAGUCAACCUGCAACUGUAGCGGAUGCCAAACCAUUCUGUCGUAAACCGGGAGAGAUAACUCUUAUGAGAAACAAAACGUUGUAUGCGAAACCCUCACUGACUGCCGCGGGCACGGUCCAAGCAGGAUUUAGACAUAUACGUAUGAAUUCCAGCCCUACAAAUCCCAAGCCCUUGAUUAUGCCACUAACACCUGCAGAUGUUCUGAACCGCUGCCCAUACGUUAAACCAGAGGGUGACGAGCCGUCGCCAGACGAGAGAGAGCAGAACGAAGCCAACACGACCAAGGUUAUGAUGUACAUGUUUCCCCGCCAGUUCGGAUUGCACAAUGCGUUCACAUCUGAAGUGGACAAGACUCGUACUACGAUGAAGUUUCAGGACUAUACAUACAGGGAAGAUGAGAUCAACGAAGCCAUUGCCUUGCGCUCCAAUUCAUCCGAGAAGAAGAAACCCCCAAAGUUGCCCAAGCGGUUGAAAGGGAUUGCCAGAGAUUUGGUUUUGAAUCUCCAGGUUCGCCACAGUCGCUGUGCCUACUUUGAGCUUCUUCGAUACUACUGUCCUUCGGCUUGGGACACGCACCGCCCACCUCAAGAUCUCGCGACUCAAGCCUCGUUCAAGGCACCCAAACAACAGGGGGACGGCCCGAAUAUUGAUGGUGCCGCAAUUCAAGGCACCUCACGGCCAAAGAGAGUCGGACACAAGACACAUUCGCAGCCAUGCCAUUCCGACAUGCCCUCAUACAACACCCUCGUAGAGCUCGCAUGUCCCAUUGGUAAUGUCUCAGCAUACUGCCAAGCCGUGCUAGCGAAAAUCGUCCCGGACAGGUUUUGGGGAGAGGGUGACACAAUGGUGCAUAACAAGAGGAUGUUUCGAUCAAAAGUGGACCAUUUCAUUAGACUGAGACGAUUCGAGGUCAUGUCACUGCAUGAGGUUGUGCAGGACCUGAAGGCGAGUUUGACCACAAUCAGAAUCACCGAGAACAGACUCUCUGACCUGACCGUGUUUAGGUGGUAGACAUCCCCUGGCUGCGCCCGCCUGACCUCGCUGGCCAGAAGACCAGCCAGACAGAUAUUUCGAAGCGAUACGAGCUAUUCCACGAGUUUCUCUACUAUGUUUUUGACUCACUUCUCAUCCCCCUUGUCAGAAACAACUUUUACGUGACGGAAUCGAACAUCCAUCGGAACCGGCUCUUCUACUUCCGCCAUGACGUUUGGAGGCGUAUCACAGAGCCUGCCAUGGCGAAGCUAAAAGAAAAUAUGCUCGAACCUCUCAGAUUGGUUGACGCCACACGGAUACUGGACUCCCGACGGCUGGGAUUCAGCCAGCUCCGAUUAUUGCCAAAGACGCUAGAUCUGAGACCCAUCAUGAACCUUGGUAAAAAGAUGCCAGGAAGAGGCCGAUCCAAAGCGUUUGGGACAAGCAUAAACUGGGAACUAAAACCAAUCCACCACAUGCUAAACGCAGAGAAGGUGAGUCAAUUAUCAUGUCCCCGUGUAGAUCUACGAUGGACUGGAGAAUGCGUGGACUUUGUUACUGAUUUGGGCAAACCAGGCCAUGAACGCGUCCAAGUUGGGAUCAUCAAUGCUCUCUACCGGGGAGAUAUAUAGCCGCCUGAAAGAAUUCAAGCUGGCACUUGGAAGCGCGGCAAGCUCCCAGCGCUUCUACUUUGCCAAGAUUGAUGUCCAUGCCGCGUUUGACACGAUUCCACAAGAAGCAGUGAUCAAACUGAUGAAUUCUGUCCCCAGCAGGGGGCAUUACACCGUUGUUAAACAUGUUGAAAUGAUGCCGGAUCCUCGGACGGACCCAGCCUCUAGCAAGGAGACAAGCAAAUCACUACGAACGUGGCACUUUUCUGCCCUGAAAAAGGGCGAGCCCUUCUCAUUGCCUGAGCGCCUAGAGAGAAGCAUCAGUGAGAAGAAGAUCAACACGGUGUUUGUCGAGGGGAAUCCUGCAAGAACGUACCACACAGCAGGGCUCCUCAAACUCCUCGAGGAGCAUGUCUCGCAGAACAUUGUCAAGGUGGGCAAGAGAUUCUACCGCCAAAAGCGCGGGAUUCCUCAGGGAUCGGUUGUAUCUUCAUUCCUCUGUAAUUACUUUUAUGCAGAUCUCGAAGCACAGCACCUUCACUUCCUAAACGGCCCGGGCAGUAUCUUGCUACGAUUCAUGGAUGACUUCCUCUUCAUCACGCAGGACAAGAAGAAAGCGGUCCAGUUUGUCGAGACGAUGCACCGGGGUGUGCCAGAGUACGGUGUUGAGGUGAACACCAAGAAGACGUUGCUGAAUUUCAAUAUGAAGUCCCAAGAUGGGCCCCUAUCAACAAUCUCUCACGGUGAGAAAUUCCCGUACUGUGGGACUCUUAUUGAUUGCCAGACACUGGAGAUCAGUCGAAAUCAUAACAAAGACCCCGAUAAUGGUGAGUUCUCUUAUAAAAACGGCGCUUUACUAGGAUAUCCAAUUGACCUGCUGAGCAUUAGGAAUCGCAAACUCCUUGACUGUGGAGUUUGGCCGGCUCCCCGGGCAAAAUUUUGAGAAGAAGAUGCUCCGUAAGUUUUGAAUACGAAUGUUCCAAGCCGUCUUACUGACAACCCUACAAAGAUGCCUUUAGGAUCCAGUCAAAGCCCAUGUAUUAUGAUACUUCGCACAACUCAACGGCCACCGUUCUUGACUCUCUUUCUGGGGCUUUCUACGAGACCGCCCAGAAGAUGUCGGCGUAUAUUCAUUGCCUACCCAAAAGCAAGAGACCUAGCAAGCCCUUGAUCAUCCGUACGAUAUGUUCAACCCAAACCUACUGUUCACAUCGGUUCUAAUGCGCAUUGUAGGUUCAAUCAUCAAGAUGGUCGAUGUCGCCUUUUCGCUCUUGACCGGAAAGUCGAGAAGAAUGCGACUCGAGGGAUACUCUUGCGAUUUGAGAAAGGGACAAGUGUUCCGGUAUGUGCUCCAGCUUCUUUUCUCUUCUCGCAUUCAACCCCCGUCUAAUUUAUUGGAACUCUAG